AUGGCCUCUACGCCAGCAUACGAGAAUCGCCGCGUCGAGUGCCAGGCGAAGGUCGAUUUUGACAAGGUAGCUGGCAAGACCGUAGUUAUCACCGGCGGGAGUAGCGGCCUGGGUCUGUGUUAUGUACUAGCUCUUGUCAAAGCUGGUGCUUUUGUUGUCAACGGAGACAUCAAGCCUCCCUCGGAAGCUCUUUCCUCCGACAGGGCUGUAUUUGUUCAGUGUGAUGUGACCAGCUGGGAAGAACAGGAAAAUUUGUUCAAGGUCGCAAAGAACAAGUCUCCCAAUGGAGGAAUCGAUGUUGUCAUUGCCAACGCCGGUAUCUACGGACCUGACACUCUUGACGGUCUGUCGGAUGAUGAACCAAAGAAACCAGUCACAAAGCUACUCGACGUGAAUCUGAGAGGGGUCAUAUACACAAGUAAGCUUGGUGGAUGGUACUUUCAUCACCAGGACGGCGGUGAUCGAUGUUUGAUCCUGGUGUCGAGCAUCAUGGGAUAUAUCGACACGCAGGGUUCAUCAGUCUAUUCUGCCGCCAAACACGGUGUGAGAGGAUUAAUGACUUGCUUGAGGCGGAAAGGGCUCUUACGAGUUAACUGCAUUGCGCCAUGGUUUGUCGCGACUCCGAUCUUGCCGGAGAGCUUCAUCCAGAACGCGGGGAGCCAGUUUAGAGGCAUGGGCGUCGAUUUUGCGACCACAGACGACGCUGUUACAGCAGUCUUCCGUCUCAUUACGGACAGUUCCAUCAAUGGGAGGACGCUCGGUAUUGUGCCGCGCCAGAUGUCACCAUCUGGGUAUCUCGACCUCGACAGGGACGAUUUUGAAGAAGGAACGUCUUUGCACAAGCUGCAAACGUAG